AUACAAAUUAAAUUUAUUCAUAUUGAAUUGGUUUUGAAAAAUGGAGAAUUUAAUGUCACAAUCAUUUCAUACUAGUUUAAAGAAUUUUAUAAUUACUGCCAAACAGUAUUCACUGAAUCAUAAUGAAUCAUCAUCUAAAGCAGUUCUCUGUUCAUUGCAAGUAUGUAUUAGUAUGUAUAAGUAAAAUACCUAUACAGUAUAAACAUUGUUACCUACCCAGAUAUCUAAUAAUUUUUACAUUAAGAGGACAUUAUAAGGGAUCUACUGUCUUACUGUCAUAGUCUAACUACCGGGCAACAAGACAAUGCUUACACAGAACAAAUAAAACUAGUUUAAUUUUGAUUUUUAGUAAAAGUCCAAUCAUGAAAUUUAUAGAGAGCAAUAUUUUGGAGGGAAUGUCAUAGAUGUUUUUUGAAUAAUAUAAAAACCCUAUGACAUUCCCUCUGAAAUAUUUUCUUUAAAUACUUUUAUUCUAAAAUCAAAAUUAAGCUACUUUUACUUAAUCUGUGUAAGCACUGUUUUUGCAUGUUAACCAAUUGUUGGACUGAAACAGUAGAUACGGGUAUAAUGGUCUUUUAAUAAUUCACGGUUAUUUUGCAUAAAAUUAAUGGUAUUUUCAAAAUUGUUUAUUUACUAUCAGUGUAAAAAUGGUAUAGUAUACAUUUGUACGGAUAUUUAUAACCAUUCAUAAUAAUAUUUACACAAACAAUUGUUAAAAAAAACUAAAAUGAUAUGGUUCAAUAUCCAAUGAAGUUCUUGUAAAAUAUCAGUUAAAAAAAAUUAUUUUCACUGGUUACCUACUACUAAACUGUGAAAUAUUCCUAAAGUGCUACAGUGUCUAAAAGAUACUUGAUACUAAUAUUCACUGUAUACUUACAUAUAUUUCUAUAAUAGUUUGUUUUGCAUAAACCAUAAAAUAUAAUUUAAAAUAAAUUUCCAUUGUAAUGGAAUCAUAAAAAAUUUAAUUAUUCCAAAUCUACCUGUUAAUUUUCAGAUUAAUUUUCGAAAAAUGAUAAAUACUUACAUAUUCAUUACGAGUUCCAGUUAAAAUAUAUCAAUAUGUUGUAAUUUUGUUAAUUUUAUAUUAUUUAAUAUGGAUUAUCUUAUCAAUUUAUUAUUAUUGUUAUUAUUAUUAUUAUUUAUUUUUCUCUUUACCAAAUGUGUUCAUUAUUUGUACAUAAUAUCUUGUAUCUACCUACUUUUAUACCUAAUAAUUAUUUUAACAUUUAUUUAUAUUUUAAUAUUAUUGUUAUAGAUUCUUGGACAGUCUAAUCAAUUUGUUUUUGAUUCAAAAAAUAUAUUAAUACAAGAGUUCUAUAUUACUUUAUAUGAAAUGAUGAACACUAUCAAUGAUGAUUCUAUUAUGUGGGCUUCUAUUAAUGUGUUACAAUCUUUUAUAAAACAAGGAUAUUUUGAUAAUACUAAAUUAAACAAUUAUAAGUUUACAUUAAUUCUAUCCAAAUUGUUAAAGGAUGAAUUAACAUUGGAGAAAAAAAUUAAAAUACUCAAAUUACUUCAGGUAAAAUCAAAUGCGGGUAUUCAAUAAAUGUUUUUAAAAACUUAUAUGCUUAAAGUAUUGUUUUAAAUAUUUAGGAUUUAACAUAUGGGGCACAAUUACAAUGGCAAGAAAGUUAUUUAACUGAAUUAAUUAUGCUGCUAGUAAAGUGGAUAUCAAGUGAAGACAGAGAUCUUAAGUCAUUUUCUCUUGGAAUUUUGAUGAAUGUGUGCUGUAAAAACAAAUUUGCCAUUUUCACUCUUGUAAAAUAUACAGAUUCAAAACACUUCAUGCGUCUACUUUUGAAAUUACAAUCAGAUGAUAUAUUUAUUAGAGUUCAAGUGUAUAAACUAUUAUUAGUUUUAGAACAAGUGUCUGGCCAUAUACCAAAUGUUGAAACUAAUUAUUUAGUUGAUAUUAUAUUUAUUGUUUUGGAAGAAGGAUUAAAACACAAAAAUGUGUUUGUUCUACGUCAUGUUAUAGAUUUUUUUGUUGAUAUUAGUGAACAUUCAUCUUGGAAAAAUUCCGUUUUGAAUUAUUCCAAGUAUGUUAUUUAAAAUUUUUAUGUAUAUUUGUUAAUUUGAAUGAACUUAAUCAAUAUUUAAUAUAUUAAAAAAUUGUCUAUUCAUUAAUUAAUAUAAUUUGUUAAAAUUAAUUGAUUCAUAAGGGUAAAAACUCUAAUAAAUAAAUACACGUUUCUUUGCUAUUUAUUCAAUUUUUAAGAUAAUUUAAAUUAACAAAGGUAUAUGAAUAUAGUAAAAUUUUAAUUUUAUUUUUUCUAAUACACCUAUAUUAAUACAAUUUAUCUACAUUAUUUUUUAGCUAUAAAUCAAAAUUAAUUAAUUUAUUGAAAGCUAUGGAAGAUAUUAAACAAAUUGAGAAAUCGCAUAAUAAUUGUGACAUUACAUUCCAGAGUGUUGAGUUGAUUUUUAAGUUUAUACAUCAUGUAACUCAAUUUCAAAAUGAAAGUGUUUUUGAAGUAUAUCCUGAAAUUAUAAUUCAAAUUUUACAUUGGACUCAAUAUUUAGAUGUUUUUGAACAGACAGUGUUAAUUUUGCAAGCUAUAAUUAUUAAUGUUAGAAAUAAUAGUCAUAUAGGUCAAAAUCUUCAGUGUGAUAUUUAUGAAAAACUUGAAGAAAGUUUAAAUGUAAGUUAAGUAAAUUUUAAUUUAAAAACCAAUUAUUGGUGAUCAAAGAAAUUUGAUUUUUGCAUAAAUAAUAAAUUAGGAAUUUCUUUAUAAUGUGUUGAUGUAAAAGUUAUAUAUUCAAUAAUUGUAACUUCUAAUUAUAAUAUUAUAUAUUUCAGGUAUUGUUUAUUUUUGUAUCAGAUUUUUGUAUCACUUUGGAAAAUGCAACCUGUAAAUCUGUUUGGAAUAAAUAUGCAGUAUGCUUUAAACUUCUUCGAGAUAUGUUAAAAUUGCACAAUUUAUAUGAAAAAAUUGAAGAAAAACUUAGCCUUUUUGUAAGACAGUUUUUUUAUAAUUUUAUUUCACAAAAUAAUAUUAACUUUUGUUUUUUAGUCACUUCAGUCAAUAUUUAAUUCUUUCAUUUUGAUUGACCUUAAAGAUUUGAAUAAUCUAAAACAUAUUGCAUUUGUUUACAUUGAAGUUCUGUGUUUUUUAUCAGAUUUAGUUGCAAAUAACCCUACAUGGAUGUCUUUAUUUUCUGAAGUAUUAAAUCAGAAACACGUUUAUUAUGUAUUAGCAUUUAUAAUGUAUAAUGGUUCAAAAAAUAUGAAACAAAAAGUUUUAGAACUUGUAACUAAAUUUUCACAACAAAGGUAUUAAUCAUUUUUAUUUAAUGUAAGUCACUUUAGAAAUUGUAAACCUAUUAUUAUUUUAAAUUAGUAUUUUAAUGUUAUCUGACUGCUUGGAAAAAAUUGAAGAACAAUUAUCUUCAAUAGAAGUAAAGAGUAUAAAAAAUACAAACUCAUUAGACACUGAAGAAAAUCCAUUAUGUUCAUUUUCUCAAGAAGAGCAAUUACAGAUGUAUAUUGAUAAAUUAGAAAAUAUGUUCAAUUCUAAUAAAGUAAUCAAUUUUAAAAAUAAUAAAUGUUUUUGAAUCUCAUUUUUAAGUUGAACAUCACAUUAAGUUAUUUUAUUUUACAACUUAACUCAAUGUAACUUUUUGUGUUUCAGAUCCAUAAUAUAAAUACGAGUAAUGUUAUUAAAUUAUACCAGUAUAAAAUAAAUGCUUCAAAACAAUCAGAAGUUUGGCUUAAAAAAAGUAUAGAUAAUGCAUCUGAAGAAAUAACACGAUUAAAUUAUAAAAUACAUUGUUUAAAUAGUGAGUCUACACAAAUAAACCAGAUGUUACUAGAAAAUCAUCAGGCAAUUGAUGGACUAACUAUGGAAAAUUGUCAACUGAAAGAUAAAUUAAAUGAUAUAACUAAUCAAUUUUUAGCAAUGAGUAAUAACUUUAAAAAAGUAAUAGAUUUUAUUUAGAAUAAUAAAAGAUUUGUUUUUGAAUGUUUUAUAUUCAUUUUUAGUUGACUCAAAAUUAUGAAUCUAAAAGUCAAAUUGUACAACAGCAAAAUUCUACUAUAAAAAACCUUGAGGGACAAUUAAAAAAGUUACAAGAAAAUAGUAAUAAAGAGAAAACUAAUUUACUGGAGCAAUUACAAAAUGAAAAAAAUGGUAAAAACUUGAUAAAUAUUUUUAAAUAUUAUAAGCAAUUUGUGAUUUAUUAAAUUAAAAAUACAGUGAAACCUAUAUAUAACGGAUAGUUACGGGACCAUAUAAAAUAUCUGUUAUAAACAGGUGUUCGUAAUAGACAGGUACAUGAGGUGGCAUUUCAAAGGAAAAUUAACACUAUAAUAGUGAAGCGAUAUACUAUAAACACUGAAUAGUCUACAUUUUAUAUCUUUUUUUUGGUUAUUUUCGUCCUUGCUAUUAACUUUAUCCUUAUUACCAAAAACAUAAUCUAUUAUAAUCAGUACUUAUUUGAAAAAUACUGGUGACGCUGUUGUGAGGUAUGUAUGUACACGUUUGCAAUACAUUUGAUUUUGAAAUAAGAUAGUUGUUCGUUAUCAAGGUAUUGGGGUAAAAUAUUACUCGUAGUAGUUAUAUUCCGUAUUAGAUUCUGUUAUAGACAGUUCAAAAUACAUUGGAAUGCCUAUCUUUUUUUUGCUCAAACCUUAUUAUUUUGUUCAUUAAGACAGGUUUCACUGUAUUAUGAAAAAAAUAUGGUGCUAAUACUCUAUAGAUUUUGCCUUUUCUGCACGUAGCCUACACUUAGUAUAAGGUAAUUGCUUUAUCUACCAUUAAUUUCAUAUAUUAUUUUUAAAUUAGAUUAAAUGUUCAGAUAUUGUCUUAUAAUACAUUUUAUUAUGGUUGGUUUUAUAAUAGUGAUUAAUCUCCUAAAUUUUGAUCAUUUGUUUCUUAUUACCAGUAUAUUGUCAUUUUUUGUAUAUUAUUUAUUAAUUGUGAUGUCUGUGAUGUUUUGCAAAUUUCAUUCUACAGUAGUGCCAAAUGAGAUUGUGUGUCAUAAAUAGGACUUAGAAUGUAAUGCAAAGUUCAUCAAAAUUUCAGCCCUAGUGAUCAGGUUUUAGUAGAAAAAGGUUUGUUAUAAAGUACUCCUUGUCAUAAAUAUAAAACCGAAAUGCACGUUUAAUAAAAAAAUUCCAGAAUGAGGAAUGGCCAUUUUUGGUGUUCAAAAACAAGCUUGUCAGACAAUAAGAUCACCACAUGUGGGCAGCUAUUUUCUUCAUUUUACUAACUUAAACUAAUGCUGUAAUGACGUAUUUAUGUUGAGCGCAAUGAAUUAGCACCAAAAAUAGAUAUGGGGAAAAUUUGACUUUGAAAACGAGCUCUGCUGCUCAUGGAUGUUUUUCAUAAAUAUUUUUUUAUUCCUGUUAUUGUGGGUAUCUUUAUUUAAAUACAUAUUAUAUUUUUCUAGCAAACAAAAUGCAAGUUUCAAAAUUAGAACAACAGUUAAUAGAUAGUCAAAUUAUCAUCAAUGAAAAAACUGAGGUGAGUAUUUUAAAACUAUUAUCAAAAUGAUAUAAUUAUAAACAUUAAAUAUGUAUGUAAAAUUGGAAGUACGGUAGUAGAUAGAAUGAUUAUCUAAUAGGCCAUGAUAAAGUGGUAUCAGAAUUUUCUUUGUCAAAAACUCCUCAACAUACAUCACUGUAAUUAUAGUGAUCUGUGGCACCACUCAAUAGGCUCUUUAUCUUGUUAUCUAGUCUGUUUUCUGUUUUUUGUUGAUACAUUUAUUGAUUUUAGAAUAUGAUUCUGUAUAAAAUUCUAUUCCAUUCUAAAUAAUACAAUAUAUUCAAUGUCUAUGUAAUGAUAAAAAUAUUUUCCAAUAACAUUAAUUCUUAAUAAUUUUUUAUAAAUGUUGAUUAAUUAUUUAUUACUUCUUGUUUUUUAUCAUUGAUGAUAAAAUAAAUAAUAUUUAAUUUUCCAUAUUCAUUCUCUUAUCUUCAUCUAUAGUUUAAAUUUAUGUGUUAAGCAAUAAAAGAAUUUAAAAAAAAAAAACUCAAAUACUAUAUUUAAUAUAUUUAAAUUCAUAGCAAACUACCUAAGUACAAACUAAUUUAGGUAACUUUUUUUGUUUUAUUCUUAUUUUCAUUUUUUCAAUUUUUUGUUUUGCAUAUAUAUAUAUAAUAAAAAAAGUUGCCUAAAUUAGUUUGUAUUUAGGUAGUUUGCUAUGAAUUUAAAUAUAUUAAAUAUAGUAUUUGAGUUUUUUUUUUUAAAAAUUCUUUUAUUGCUCAACACAAAUUUAAACUAUAGAUGAAGAUAAGAGAAUGAAUAUGGAAAAUUAAAUAUUAUUUAUUUUACCAUCAAUGAUAAAAAAACAAGAAGUAAUAAAUAAUUCAUACAAUAUAUAUUAAAUCCUUGUUCUAAUAUAUAUCAUUAUAUAUCAUAAUGUACAUAUCUGUUUUUCUAUACUAAAAAUAUUUAAUUUGAACAUUCAAUUUAUUUAUUAUUAAAAUUAUUUCUAUGGAUUUUUUUUUUUAAAUAUUUAAACUCAUGUGCUGAUGAAUUUUAUUGAAACAAUUGUAAUGGAAUGUCUUUUCCUGUACUAUGUAGUAUAUUAUAAGGCCUUACCUUCUAUAACUUAACUAUCAAUUAUUAAAUGUAUUUUAUUAUGGUUUAUAGGAAAUUGACAGCAAAAUAUCCUUUAUUAAGAAUCUAGAAAAUUGUAUUUUAGAAAAAGAUAAAGAUGUCCUUGACUUGCGUAAACAAUUGCAAGAACAGCACAGAGUUCGUGAAAUGAUAAGUCAAAUGUUAGCUGCAACAUCAAGUAAGCCAUAACUAAUUUCAUUCUGGACUCAGUUUAAUAACAAAUGUAAAACUUAAAAAAAAAAUGACAUUUUUAAAUUAUAGUUCCAUGUAAAAAUAUCACAGUCCUGUUACACUUUGUAUAUUAUAAUAUGCACCGAACUUGUUUUAGUGACCAUAUAAUUGUAUGUAUGACAU